AUACAGACAAUAUGGUUGGUGGGUUCAUCAAUAAUCAAGCACGCCUUUUUGGAAGCUGUAUUAAGACCAGGUGGUACAAAUUUGACAUUAGAAAGAAAACACAUCUCACUGUGGUGGCAGGGUUAUAGUGGCCUCCAGUUAAGUAAAACUAAACAAAAGAGUAGAACUCUUGGAAAGGUGGGCCCUGUACCUAAUUUCAUCCUUAUACAUUGUGGGGGGAAUGACUUGGGCAAUGUAUCGAUCAGAAAAAUAAGGGUGGUUGCAAAGCAGUUGGUUUUAUUUCUAAGGAAUCACUUUCGAAACAGUAGGAUUAUAUGGUCAUUUAUACUUCCGCGUCUCCAAUGGCGCUAUUCAGCAAAUUUAAAAGCUAUGGAAAAUGCACGCAAACGGGUUAAUUCUGGUAUAACUGCAAUUGUCUUGCAAUCUGGGGGCGCAAUAAUUCGCCAUUCAGACAUUAAACCUGAUCCAGCUUUAUUUUUACAGGAUGGGGUACACUUAUCCUCGUUGGGGAAUAACAUUUUUCUAAACUCUCUCCAGGGGGGACUUGAGGCUAUCGUUGCGCAUGGUCAAUCCUGCUUUCCCAAUUAGCAAGGGUCCUGGGUACGGCUGUUCGUAUAUGCCGCUCUACCCCCACCAUGGUGGCGGAGUUCCAUGGAUGAGUUUCAUUCUGAUCCUCAUCUCAGGGAACUUGUGGCGUAUAAGCGGCAUUUUGGUAAUUAUAUUGUAAGCUUUGACCUCUGCACCUCCCAGGGUCAAUGCUUUCUAUAUAUAUAUAUGGUGAACUUUGAACUUUGAUGUUGUGAACUUUGAACUUUUGAUGUUGUAUGAACUUUGACUUA